AUGGAUUUCAAAGAUAUUAUUGGUCAAUUAACAAAUGAAAAUAUCUCUUUACAUAACAAAAUAGAAGUUAUUCAAAAGAAUAGUUUUGAUGAAAGACUCGUAUUACUUGAAGAAGAAAUUAGAGCAAAAGAUCUUAAAAUCAAAAAAUUAUAUGAAGAUUUAAUAAACAAACUUCAAGAAUUAAAAAAAGUUACACAACAAAAUAGUAUUUUAAAAAAAGAAGAAGAAUGUCAAAUUGCUGAUUUUACAGUUCGGAUAAAAGAGAAAGAAAAAGAAAUUGAAUCAUUAAAAAAUUUUAUACCACAUGAUGAAGAAAUUAUAAUUUCAGAAAAAGAAAUAAUUAAUUUAAAAAAUACAAUUAAACAAUUAGAAAUUAAUUUAGAAGAACAAAAAAAUAUUCAAAAAAAUAAUAUUCAAAAUCUCCAAAAAGAAAGAGAUGAAAUAAUUGAAAAGAAUAAAAAAAGUAUUGAAGAUUUAGAAAGUAAUAUUAAAGGAAAAGAAAGUCAAGUCAAUGAAUUAAUUUUAGAAAAAAAUGAUUUAAAUAAUAAAAUUAAAGAGUUUAAUGAAAAAUUAUUUAGUGAAGAAAAUGAAAAAAAAGAUAUUGAAUUAAAGAAUAAACUGUUAAUUGAAGAAUUAAAUACUUUAAAAAAAAUUAAUGAAGAAAAGACUAUUCAAUUAACUAAUCAAAUUAAUGAACUGAAAAAUAAUAUUGAAAUUAAGAAAAAGAAAUUGAAGAAUUACAAAAUGAAAAUGAAACUAAAACUAAAGAAAUUGGAGAAAUAA